AUGAGUUACUUAACAAGAUACUUUAUGUUUUCAAAUAUUUUGGGGGAUGAACUUUUGUGGGCUGCGACUUGGUUAUACAAAGCAAAAGGGGGAAAAAAUUACUUAAAUUAUGUUAUAAGCAAAAAAGAUUGGAGCCAAGCCGUGAAUGAAUUUACCUGGGACAACAAAUUCGCAGGCAUCGCUAAAGCAAUUUCGUUAAAUUCUAUAACAGAGUUUUACAACGGGGAAAAUGACUUGGAAAAAUUUAAGACCGAUGUUGAAUCAUUCGUCUGUGCAUUGAUGCUAGGAAGUAGCUCUCAACAAGUUAAGCCAACUCCUGGUAAAUUUUCACGUUGGCAUUUUGUUAAUUAG